GUUUACUUUGAAAACUUAGAUCGUGUGGUCGUGUAGAUUGUAGUUUCGGUUUAAGUCCGUUGCAGUGAUCGCCAGAAUCACUAUUACUCAGCAGCUUCAAAUUGCACAAGAAAAGAAAAUCCAAAAUAUUGCAAAAUGCCAUCUGCAGGCGUAACCGCAGUGCGUAUUCUCAUCGGUGUUUUGACCGCUGUUGUUGCCGUGAGCAUCAAGAACUAUCGUGAUUUGUCGGCACCCGGCAAACGUCCUGAUCUCGAUAGCAAUGAGUAUUGGGGACCCAAGCUCAAGGAGCCGUACAAGGAGAAUAAAGCAGUGUUGCCCUAUGACAUAAGUGUUGCGCCAGAGGUUAUUACCGAUUUGAAGAUAUUGCUGGAUCGUCCGCUAAAUUUACAGGAACCCCUGGAGGGCGUUGGCUUCGAGUAUGGUUUCAAUUCCCAGGAGUUGCAAAAGGUGGUGAAAUACUGGCGGAAAUCCUAUCUGAGCAAAUGGAAUGAGCGUGAAGCGUACCUCAAGCAGUUCGACCACUUCCAGACUGAAGUUCAAGGCUUAAAGAUCCACUUUAUCCAUGCAAAACCAAGCAAGGCCGAGGGAAAGAAGGUUCUUCCUCUUCUGCUGCUCCACGGCUGGCCGGGAUCAGUGCGCGAAUUCUACGAUAUUAUACCACUUCUGACCUCCGGCAAUGAUAAGAGCGAUUAUGUCUUCGAGGUGAUUGCACCCAGCUUGCCCGGCUAUGGCUGGUCGCAGGGCGCUUCGAGAACCGGUUUGGGAGCUGCUCAGGCCUCCGUGGUGCUGCGCAACCUGAUGUUGCGUCUGGGCUUCAAUAAGUUUUUGAUUCAAGGCGGUGACUGGGGCAGCAUCAUUGGCAGCAACCUGGCUUCCCUCUUCCCGGAGAACGUGCUCGGCUAUCACUCCAAUAUGUGCGGCAACAAUAGUCCUCUCGGCAGCAUUCGAUUGCUGCUGUCAUCGAUUGUGCCCAGCUUCUACAUUGAGAGUCAGCAUGCUCACUUCUACAAGGGCGUGGGCCAUGUCUUCAGGUCCAUUAUGGAGGAAAUGGGCUAUGCUCAUAUUCAAGCCACAAAGCCGGAUACCAUUGGCAGUGCUUUGGCCCAAAAUCCUGUUGGCCUGGCUGCUUACAUCCUCGAAAAGUUCUCGACCUGGACCAAUGAGGAAUACAAAACGCUGAAGGAUGGCGGUCUGACCAAGCGCUUCACCUACGAUCAAUUGCUGGACAACAUCAUGGUCUACUACGUGACCAACUCGAUCACCACUUCGGUGCGUCUCUAUGCCGAAACAAUGAAUCCCACUCAAAUGGGAUUGAACAUCGAUAGCGUGCACAUUCAUGUGCCUGUCGCAUGUGCCCACUUCCUGCAUGAAUUGAUGCAUUUGCCGGACUCUGUGCUGGCCAACAAGUUCCAGAAUCGUAUACAGACCACACACUAUAACGAGGGCGGACAUUUCCCAGCCUUUGAGGUACCCCAGCAGCUCUACGAUGACUUUGUUAGCUUUGUGAAGAAAGCCUUUGCUUAAGUUUGCCUUGAAUUGUAUUUCUAUAUUUUGUUAGAAGUGGCGUAGGAAUUAAAUAAAGAUAUUGUAAGCAAUGUAUACAA